CCGAUCAGCACACUACGCAUGUCCGCCCUGAUCAGAGUCAGCGCUCCGUACCAGGCAGAGUCCGAUCAGCACCACUCCGCCUGGACAGCUCCAUCACCAUCACCCCGGGGUCAGCGGUCCCCCCUAUCCGGGACUCUCAUCGUCCCAUCGGCUCUGUCCUCAUAGAUAUCCCGGAUCCUGUGACAUGGAGGGACGCCAUUGCCUGGAAGAACACGCUGGUGGCAGCUGUGCGGGAGACAGCCAAAGGGAGGAACCCCCCAGGAAUCACACAGAUGGGGAACAAAGUCAAGAUAACGACAAUGAAAAUACAAGGCAAGGGCAUGGAUCUACCAAUGAUGGAUCUGUCCAAGAGGUCCACCAUUGCUUCCUAAAGAAGUCACCAAACUGCGUGCGAGACCGUCUGUCUACAUCUACAUGCAGUCAGCCACCAGCAGUGAGCAGGUCCAAUGGACAGUUGACUCCCCAUGUAAGCGAUGCACAUCAACAUUCAAAAUGUUGUCACUGCAAUCACCAAGAGCGCAAGUUAAGUUACACAGUACCAGAACUGUCUAGUCAUGAAGAAAGACGAAAAUUGUGUUCUCAUCAUUCCAGUGUCAACGCUUCUACCAGCACCUCACAUGAUACUGCAGGAUGUAUAUGGAAGCAGUGGUCUACUGCCCAGAUGACGACGGGGCAUCCAAUGCAGCAUCAUGUAGUGACUGUAAGACACGAUAAAGCAUUUAGGAUGCCAAAAAGUUACUCUCAGAUGAUAACUGACUGGCCCCUGCCUAUCUUGGCCGUUUGUGUGCUUCUUAUGCUGGUGUGCACUCUGGCAGGACUACUGGUUGGACAAAUGCCAGACUUUUCAGAGCCUUUGAUGGGAUUUGAGCCAAGAGAUACAGAAAUUGGGAAGAAGUUAAUGACCUGGAAAAAUAUGCAGAGCAGUACAGCAUACAGAAGGUCAUUGCCUGCCUAUCCACACAAUGAGAAGAACAGUUUUAAUGACCUGGAUUUCAGCAGAAGAAAGGAAAAGCUUCUUCAAAUGUCCAGAAAAGAAACACGAUAUCGCAGGAUGGUGGAACAAAAGGAUGGGGUAGAUGGCUUUUUCUGUGGUCCACCAGCAAAGAGCUACUCGCAACUUGUUUUCAUGUCAAAAACGGCAGGCAGCUUGUGGAACCUGCAAGCAAUUCAAUCUAUGUGCCGCAUAGAGAAAGAAAAGAUUCGCUCACACCCUAGUUUCACAGAGCUAUGUGAACGUAAUAACAAUAAGGAAUGUUGUCCCAGUUGGUCACUUGGGAACUACAUAUCAGUUCUGUACAAUCGGUCUUCUUGCAUGGAAAUCACGCAGAGUGACAUCUUCCACACACUGGUUCUACUUCGUUCCUGUGCUCCAGACUACCACCGAGGUGCUCUUACUCCGAUGUGUAUAGGAUCAAGAUCGGAGAGGGAGAAGCAUUCCCAAUGUGCCAAAGUGCCUGAAAAGUGUACACGAUCUACUGCGGUAUAUCAACUACUUCAUUUUCUAGUUGAUAAAGACUUUCUGAGCCCCCAGACCACAGACUAUCAAGUCCCAUCUCUGAAGUACAGCUUGCUGUUUUUACCAGCUAAGAAAGGGCCAGAAAUGAUGAAUAUUUAUGUGGACAAUUUGCAGUCGUAUGAGCUUUUUGAUAAUUACACGGCUAUCACUGGAAUGGACUUGGGGUUAAAGCAAAAUCUUUUUCACCACUAUCUUGUAUUGGAUACUGUGUAUCCAGUCCUAGGAAUCUUAGCUAUUUUUCUAAGUAUGUCUUUUUAUCUACGUUCUUUUUUUAUUACCUUUAUGGUUAUGAUGUCUGUUAUUGGUUCACUGAUGAUUUCAUUCUUUUUGUACAAGCUGGUCUUUAGAAUAACUUUCUUUCCUUUUGUUAACUUGAUAGCAGUUAUCAUCCUCAGCAGUGUCUGUGCCAACCAUACCUUUGUGUUUUUUGACCUAUGGAACCUCAGCAAAAUACAACACUCUGCAGCUGGCAUGCUGCAGUGGGUGAAACAAACUAUGCAUCAUUUUGGUUAUCAUAUGUUAGUAUCUUGUUUGACUACUGGAGUUGCUUUCUAUGGCAGCUACUUGAGCAGCAUUACCUCUGUUCGAUGCUUUUCUAUAUACAUGGGAACCUCAGUAUUAGUCAAUAUGGCAUUUAUGAUAACCUGGCUGCCUGCUACCAUGGUAGUAUAUGAGAGGUAUAUUAAGGUCAAUUGUACCUAUAAAUCAGAAGAUUACUGGAACAGCAAUGGUCAUAAAAAGUUAUUUCUGUCUCUUUACCAAAAGUUAGGUGGUUUACAAAGUACUAUGUCUGAAACAUCAAAGCUCCUCUUUGAGAAGCUCCUACCCUGCGGGGUGAUAAAGUUCCGUUACAUCUGGAUCUGUUGGUUUGGUGCUCUUGCAGCAGGUGGUGCUUAUAUUGCCUGUAUAAGUCCCAAACUAAAACUGCCAUCUUCAGAUCCUUCAGCAGUUCAGUUGUUUCGGUUGAGUCACCCCUUUGAAAGAUAUGAUGCUGAAUACUGUCACCAGUUCAUGUUUGAACAUCAGGAAUAUGGAGAAGGACAACAUAUGCCAAUUAGACUUAUAUGGGGCAUUAAACCUGUGGACAAUGGAGACCACCUUAAUCCUAAAGUAAAUGGAACACUUGUAGCAGAUGCUACUUUUACUAUACGCAAUGCUGAUGACCAGAAAUGGCUUCUUGAACUUUGUAACAAAGUAAGAAACCAAAGUUUUUAUUGCUCUGAUCAGGAGAAAAAGCCAAACAUUUGCUUCAUGGAAGAUUUUCACCGUUGGAUGGAAAGUCGGCAAUGUUCACAGAGUGACCAAAACCACAAUCUAUGCUGUAAUCAAUUUUCAUUUCCCUAUGCAAGUGAUUUGCUUCUCCACUGCAUAAAAAUGAUGGUUAGAGAACAAGGAGGAGAUGGACCUGAGUCUUAUGAUAUUGGACCCAGAUUUAAUGCCGAUGGAAAUCUGACUGCCUUGGUUUUGGAAUUUCAAACUACAUAUCACUAUAGCUUCAAUUACAGCAAGACCAAGAAUUUUUAUAAUACUUUGAACCAAUGGCUAACCAAUGAAAUAAAGAAUGCACCACCAGGUCUUCAAAAUGGUUGGUUUACUAGCAAACUUUCUCUUUUUAACCUCCAGCAUACACUAAGUACUGAGAUCAUGAUGAUAACUGGUUUCUCCAUUGCAAUUUCAUUUGUAGUUCUGUUGCUAACCACUUGGAAUGUCUUACUCAGCUUAUUUUCAGUUGCCUCCAUUGGAGGCUCAGUUUUGGUUACAAUUGGUCUCUUGGUUCUAUUGGAAUGGCAGUUAAAUGUUGUGGAAUCUUUAUUCGCGUCAGCUGCAGUAGGCCUCUCUGUUGACUUUACCGUAAAUUACUGCAUUUCAUAUCAUCUGUGCCCGCAUUCUGACCGUCUCAGCCGCGUGGCAUUUUCCCUCAAACAAUUGAGCUGUGCCACUGCAAUGGGAGCCUCUACUAUGUUUUCUGCAGGAGUAAUAAUGUUGCCAGCAACUGUAUUGGCAUACAGAAAACUUGGUAUAUUUAUCAUGAUGAUUAAAUGCAUCAGCUGUGGCUUUGCCAGCUUCUUUUUCCAGUCUAUAUGCUGUUUUUUUGGCCCUGAGAAAAACUGUGGACAGAUAUUGUGGCCUUGUUCCAACUUAAUAAAAGAAUAUCCUGAUAACGCAAAGCCAAAUGGCACAUUUACAUGUAGUGGAAAUGAAAAACAGAACAGACUAAGAAAAGUUCCUGAAACCAACACAGAAAAUGAACAAUAUGAGCUACAGCCUUUAGCCAGACACCUUAGUGACAGUUUUGACAACAGCACUACCACUAGUAGGCUUUCCAAACGACCUUCGAUUUUGUCUGAGGACAUGCAGUUAUCAGACAACAAGUAUACUAGAACAGGAGCACAGCAAAUUCAAGCUGAAGCCCAAGAAAUGCGUGAUAACACUACCAGCCACAAAGUUUUCAGCCAUUGCUCUGCUCUGCAGACAUCGUCUCCCUACAGAAAUUUAGCAACUGAGAUGGAAAAGCCAGAAGAAUCCUGUAGACAAUGCGUUUGUCAGAGAAUGAACAGUAAGAUAUGGAAUGGAUCUGUGGUGGACCAUGUUCAUAUACACAACACACAGGCUCAACCCAACAGCUUGCAAAGCCCUAAAGAUGACAGUCCAAUCCAUUAUCCCCCAGAAAAGAGCAUUCGUAUGUAUGAAUAUUCUAGAUGCCUCUGCUCUGUAGGUAGCUCGUUUGAUGCUCUUGACUCAAACGAAACAUGUCUAAGUGAUAUUGAUCAAAGCACUAAGUUGGAGUCAGCAAGAUGUUCACCAGAUUUUCUUGAUGUUCCUGAUUCCCCCUAUCAUGAUGAAAGGGGAAAUUUAAAUGGGAAAAGAGAAACUCUAAGACUAGCUUUAAGGGACACAGUUUUUGAUUCACCGACAUCUAGCAAGCAGACUAAUAUGUUAUGGAAAAUACAGUCAAAUCAAGAUGAUGAUCACCCUGUUGUUCUCCCAAACAGCAAACCAGACAUGCCAGACAUUUGGAUUAGGAGAUCAAGUGAACAAAGUUCUGACUAUAUGAGCUAAAAUGUCUUUAUUUCACAAAAGAACUGCAAAAUAGUUUCUUAAUUUUCAUUGUCUCAUUUGAAUUGUGAAUCAUGGUUUGUGUCGGAAACCAAUGUGAUGUGCUCAAAAGGACCACCCGAUUUUAUUUUUCUCGGUGUGUGCUAGCCGGUUUGGCUGGUCUUUCAUAUCGAAGUUAAAGAGUAACUCAUCAACACUGAAAAUAGGUUAUUAAUGCACAAACCAAUCAUUUAGAUCACUGACUCUAAAGCUUACAAAAUCUGUCCUUUACAACUGGUAAAACAGCUUAUUCUGAUUCUUGCAAUGUUGUUUGGUGGCAAAAGUAGAGAGGCCAGCAGCAGACAUUUCAUUUGAUAGACUUUCCUCACUGUCUUCAUUAUUAAUGUUGCUUGAUUAUGCCUUUGGUCCAUGGGUAGUUUGGCCAAACAGGUCAAAACAUUUGGGAUUUUGAAGAUAUCAAAUCCGAACCACACUGAAGUAAAUUAGGAGAAAUUAGUGUUUAUUUCUGGCCUCCGAAAGGGAACUACUGCAGCCAAAUGCAAUAUAAGGACAUGAAGCAUCAACCACAUGUCUAAGGAAUUUGCUGCUGUUUAAAAAAAAAAAAAUAAUAAUUUCUGUACAACAUGGAAAAGAUGCAAAUCCUUAAAUUGACAUCUUUGUGGGGUCCUUUAAUGAACAUGAUGUUACAGAAUCACUAAGGACGGGAGUGUACAAAUGUUGCAACAAAAAUGAACCCACCUGUUGCAUUCAGUGGCAGUACCUGCGCCAAACACAACCCAUUCACGUGAGUGCAGCCACACUACAACAGCAUGUAAUGCAUGUGGUUGUGGCUAGGUGGUGUGCCAUUUACAGGAUCAAAACAGGCAUUGAGGAGACAUCUUUAUGCCUGUCAAACACCUCCAUCCAUUCAGGACAUCAUUGUGUAAACCUAGCUUAAGGGUCAUUUCUGGGACUCCUAUCAGUGACAU